GCCUGCCGCGUGCGCCGCAGUCAACGUUCGCCAUCCACGACGAGCACCGCGACCGCGCGCGUAUUAUUAGCUCGCUCCAACCAGCGCGAGAACGAGGUCACUGCCGACACACAGUAUUUUUCCAAGCUUCGAGCUCCAAAAAGCGCGCGGCCACGCCGAACCAGUAGCCCGAACCCUUGACAAUUCAACAGCUACCAGCCUACCAGCAACAACAUGUCAGCCUCCCCAAUGGCACGCCAGGUAACGGAGAACCGUAUCAUCCCCACAAAGCGCGUGGUCAUCACCGACCCAGGCGACAUGCCCGCCGACUACAGCUCGACGCCGGGCGGCACCCUCUACUCCACCACGCCCGGAGGUUCGCGUAUCGUCUACGAGCGGGCUUUCCUCCUGAAACUGAGCCAGUCGCCGAUCUCAAAGACGUCUCCUACCAAGUUUGACAUUCCCGAAGGAUUGCUGCGUGGAUCACCGCCAUCGCCCAACUCCGGCGGCAAGUCCUACAAGCAGCACCCAGUCACCGCCAAGAAGCAGCGUCCGGCGAGGAGUCCUCUGGCGUCUGUCUCGUCCACGCACGAGGACGACGACGCGCAAUUCCAGAUGGACAUGUGAACCGCUUCGACAACGCUCCAACAACAACGAACACAUCACGACAAUGAAAUUUUGAACACGCUGUCUGUAAUCAUGCAAAUCGUGUCUAAUAUUUAGACUCUUCUGUUUUCUGUCUUGGACUACAAACGAUUUUUGUAAUUUUAAUUUUAAUACUUUAUUAAAUUGUAAUUGUUAGUCA